AUGACUAGCCCGGUGAAACGAGCCCCUAAGAAAGCUGCUCCCCGGGGAAAGUGGAGCGAGGCAACGCUAUUGACCAGCGAGAAGUCGGUGUUAGUUCACGCGGAUCUGGUGAAACUACUCGCCAGCCCCGAAGCUUGGAAUUGUCUAGAUGAAAGCGACAAACAAGAGAUCCUAGCUCUUCUCCCCGCAGAUAUCCACCCCGAAACCGAGCUCCAGCCAGACAGCCAAGAACAAAAGUUACCCCCAUUACCUGCGUCAUUCUUGCGCUACUCGAAUAAUUGGCGCGAUGGCCUUCGUCAAUUCCAGCUCGACCUUGAGAAUGGUCGCUACGACCCUGAAUGGUUGCGACAAGCAGAGAAGGCUCGCAAGCAGCGGGAAAGUGGUGAUUUCGACACCUUUAAAGAACGGGAGUUCGAACAGUUCUGGGGCCAGAAGCAGAAUUUCAACAAGAGGCUUCCCGCUGGUGACAGUGCUAAGAUCAAAUUGAGCGUGCUUGUUGAACAUGGUGUGAUUCAGCUCGGUGAUGUCUGGAGGUUUCGUUUUGGGUUUGGGAAGGGCGAAAAUAACAUUAAGAUUGAUAAGGAAGUCAGGAUUGACCGCAUCGAGGGCUCAGACUUGUCAUUUACGAUUCCUACUGGGAGACGAACAUUCCUCUCAAGUGCUCAUCCUGGAGCCCAGAAAAUGGAACCAUCACCCAUUGAAAGCGACAUCAAGAUGAAAGUCACCCCUACAACCCCCCAGGAGGUUCUUGCAGAUGCCGCAAAGGUCUCAUCGGACACUGAAGAACCGACCAUCGGGCAUAGCAUCAAACAGGAGCUUCCUACUCCAAAUCCACCGGAGAUCCUAGAGAGGGAUGCAGAGGAACCAGCUGAAAAUCCACCAAGAUUAUCCAAGGUCCCAAACGUUACCGAUUCCACUGCGGAAGUGGCGGAUGACACCGUGGAUGUAAUCCUGCCACAAGAAGCAAAUGAAACAGCCUCCACAGCCGAUGCUUCACUCGGAGAUAAUCAAGACACCGGAGCUUUUCAGGUCAUCAUCGUGAACCAGAAUGAUAGUCCCAAACCCGCCAACAAAAGCUUCAAACGCCGGACACCCCAACCGGAAUCUGAACCUCCAGCAAAGCGCAAGCGAGGUAGACCUCGCAAGAUCUCGUCUGUCCCUGAACCCGGGACAGAGACAGUACCAGAUCCGGACAAACAGGAUGUUACCAGUCCCGCAGUCGACACCCCAGCCAACGCAGGCAUAUCUGUGGAAAUAGUCAAAUCUCCAUAUCAUUUGUCCAAUUCUGCAUCAUCAGAAGCAAUGCGAUCAAACACACAAACGAAGGACCCUGAACAAAGUACAGAAACUUCACCACCUACAGAUAUCGAGAUGCGGGACGCAGACGGGCCAACUAUCCAGACCAGCUUUCCACCCCCAGGAUCAUUCACGGACCAUGAACUCCCAGAAAAGUCCGUGGAAACCCUAGUACAAGCCGGAGAGUUGAACCAAAGCGAAAAGUCUACUGCGGCUCUAACGGCUACGACCAACACAAACCCAUACGAACCCGAUAGAAUCGAAGAACAAGAAGAGCCCGCAUCAUCCCCACUUUCCCCAGCCAGAUCAAUGACAAACCCACCAUCCACCCAGCCCCAGAAAGAACCGGAACAACCCACCGAUGAAGCAGACCAUCAACCACAGCCUGAGGCUAAGGCAGAGGCAAAGGUCGAGGCCGAGGUAGAGUCCAAGGAAGCAGCGCAAAAACCCGAACCGGAGCAGCUCGAGGUAACGGUCACAAUUCAAAACAUUAAAACCCCAAGCCCCGUCAUCACCCACAUCUUGAAACUGGACGGACGAAAGCCUGACGGCAGAACUGGAAAUUCCUGGAAGGAAUUCCGUUGUUACCGGAAUAAUCAGGACAUUGGGAGUCUUUGGGAGUUGCGAGAGGCGUGGUAUUUGAAGCAGAAAUGA